AUGCUGUCGCGAAGGCAAGCCUCGGGAUUCGCGCGGUUACUGGCGUCGUCAGCGCUGCGUGUGUUCCCGCUCGUGGAUGGUCAUGGGACCUCCGCUGUCAGCAGCAGCGCUGGCGAUCUGUCUCCAUCCAUCGCCAGCCGCACUGCGACGUCACUCGCGGUUCGCAGCAGCGUCGCCGCGCGCGGCCCUGGCGGUCGCUCGUCCGUCAGUGGCAUGGUUGCGACUGUGUUUGGCGCCACGGGCUUUCUGGGGAGAUACGUGGUGCAGCAGUUAGCCCGCUCGGGUUCCCAGGUGAUGGUGCCCUAUCGCUGCCUGGAGGACGACCACAGGCACCUCAAGCUGUGCGGGGACCUGGGGCAGGUGGUGCCCAUGCCGUUUGACGUUAGGAGCGAUGAGAGCAUUGCUGCGGCUAUUGCCAAGUCGAAUGUUGUCAUCAACCUCAUUGGCCGUGACUUUGAGACGCGCAACUUCAGCUUCGAGGACAUCAACAUCUCUGCACCGCAGCGCAUUGCCAGGAUCGCCAGGGAGCAUGGCGGCAUUGCAAGGAUGGUCCACCUCUCCUGCCUGGGCGCUGCCCCCCACGCGCCCUCCAAGCAGCACCAGACCAAGGCGCUGGGGGAGGCAGCAGUAUUGUCGGAAUUCCCACAGGCCACCAUCCUGCGGACUGGUCCCUUGGCAGGCACGGAGGACCGCCUGCUCAACAGCUGGGCGCUCAUGGCCAAGAAGUUCCCGUUUGUCCCCGUUAUAGCAGGCGGCAAGACUCUCAUUCAGCCGGUAUACGUGUUGGACGUGGCAACAGCAGUCAAUGCCACUGUGACUGACGACGGCAGCAGCUGCGGGCAAACGUACGAGCUGGGUGGGCCAGAAGUGCUGCAAAUCAGGGACCUGGUGAACCGUGUCUUGGAAACCAUUCGCCAGCACUCCUCCAUUCUCAGCGUCCCUCUUCCUGUCGCCCGGGCCCUCGCCACCCCACGGGAGUUUCUCCUCCACCGCGUGCCAACGCCCAUCCCCAGCCCCACCAUGUUCACGCUCGACUACAUCAACUCCCUCUCCUUCCCCCACAUUGUCUCGCCCAACGCGCUCACGUUCAAGGACCUUGGGAUCAUCCCGCACCCGCUCACGGGCCUCACAAUUGACUACCUCUUUGCUUAUCGCAGCGGCGGGCCGCAGUACGGCCAGACUGUCGGCGAGAAGGUGUCUGGCGCAGGCUUCUAG